AUGUUGACCUUCCUCAAGCCCGCUGGUGUUCAUGUUUCGGCCGCGACCGCUGCAGAGCCAACUAAGGUCGAGAAGGCAGUCCUUGAAGUUCCCCCUACGGAUCCGGUGCCAGACGCAUCUUCCGCCGCAGAUGUUUCUUCAAUUCAUUCAGCGAACUCGUCUUCUUCGUUGCAUUCAGCUGCUUCUAAAUCCUCACACACAGAUGCCUACGGAGCACCCUCGAAUAUGGGUUCUCCUCAAGCAGCCAGCCGGUCGCUCACGCCUGUGCAUCCCACGUCUAUGACCAUGCCACAGUCAUCUGAGCAGUCACUUUUAGUACCUCCUACCCCAGGGCGUGGUCCUAGUGCUGAAACCGUAGGCAAUGCGACCCUGGGGGUACCGAGUACAAAUCCUUAUCCCAACGCUAAACCUGGGAAGGACUUUCGUCGUUUCUCCUUCCGUUCAUUUUCCUUCUUGCGCUCCGAGUCAAAACUUCCUCAGCCAGAGCGCAAGCCUUCCCAGCAUUCCGAACCUAUUCACACACAGCAAUCCAAAGCUCAUGACAAAGAGAAGAAAUUACGUGUUAGCAAGACAUUCACGGUUCGUGCACUGCAGUCCAAGGCCUCUGAUAGGCGUGCCAGGGACACCGCAGCCAUGGUUCGUUCCGUCAUCGUGGGAGAUCAUGAAAUGGUGGACGGCGGAGCAAAGAGGUCGAAAUCACUCUCCAAAUCUGACCUAGCUCGUGUCAAAGCCCAGCUCCUCGAGCCAAAAUCCGCCAGAAAGAUCAUGGACCACCUGCACACAAUGUCUGCAUCAUCAGCAGAUACAGGAUCUGCUAAUACUGGGCCAAUCCAUGCAGUGUGUCUUGACGCGAUCGACAAGGAAGCCCACGAGCAGCACUUUGUACAGCUUGGCUCGGUUGCUACUGCAACAACGACUGCAUUAUCUGACGCGUUGUCUAACGUGCACCUCGUCAGCCUUAUUACUGCUCCGGACAUGGGUUUUGGUGCGCCAGCAUCAUCGCCGGGACUGCUGGCAGGUGCCGUUCCUAGCGCAGAAGCUAUCAUUGAUGGUCUCCAGCAAAUAACCCCGCAGUUACUUGCGUUUGGUUUUGCAACGAGCAAAGCAAUUUUGCCAGAUCACAAGGGUGUUGUCGUGCCCACAGAUCGCCUCUCUGUUUUGACGUACUGGUGGGGAUUUGAAGUCUGCAUGCCGCCUCCCACGAUUGAGCACCUCCGUGCAGCCGCCUCCCCAGGUACUACCUUGCUCAAUUUGCUGACUGCACUGUCGAUUGUCAGCCCCGGCGUCCGCGAGAUAUUGCCGUUCGUUCGCUAUAUCUCUCAGUUCGUGCAGACCGAGUGGCGUAUGAUAGAGGCAGCUGAUAAGGGUAAGGGAGUGGUCUGCUGUGCUACCUGGAUCAUGCCAGCAGCGCUGGUUCCUCGACCAUGGGAUUUCCCUGAUCCGCCUCCUGCAACAAUCGUAGUCGGCCCAGGCGCAAACCUUGCGCCAACUGCAUCGAGGCCCACUACAGUUGCUGCUACGCCUAAGCCUUCCGUUGAUGUGCCGCGCGCCUCGUCCGCGUACUCCAGCGAAACUGGCGAGGAAGGGGCACGACACGGGAUAUCGAGUGACCCUCCUGUUCUCCCAGAGCUCAAAGUCAGUUCCCCUGCAUCAAACGAAGGUACAACUUCCAUCGACCUUCAAGUUCACAAGCCUUCUGCGGAUGUCCCCAGGGAUGCCGAUUCCAUUGCUCUUUAG